UAAGCUAAACUAAACUAAACUAAACUAAACUAAACUAAAUCCUUCUCUCUCUUUCUUUCACAGCAGUUGAUCAAAUUCAGAGCACAGCAGGUGUAGCAGGCAUAAACCUUCGCUUCCACUCAGACAUAUAUCCCUUAUCACUCCAGUUAGUUAUCUAACGGUUUUCUAUUUUCUCACUUUCUUCCCACUUUACCCUUUUUUUCCUCGCUUAUGCCAUCCCAUCACUAGCACACCGCACCAUUUUAUUCAAUCAAAGCUAGAAUGAUAAGCUGGACCGAUUUGUACACCGUCUUGACGGCGGUGAUUCCCCUCUAUGUCGCCAUGAUCUUAGCCUACGGUUCGGUACGCUGGUGGAAGAUAUUCUCGCCGGACCAAUGCUCCGGCAUAAAUCGCUUCGUCGCGAUCUUUGCGGUUCCCCUUCUUUCCUUCCACUUCAUCUCCAGCAACAACCCUUACGCCAUGAACUUCCGCUUCAUCGCUGCCGACACGCUCCAGAAAAUCAUCAUGCUCUUUGCUUUGGCAAUCUGGACCAACUUCACCGCCAACGGCAGCUUGGAGUGGAUGAUUACCAUUUUCUCCCUCUCUACAUUGCCCAACACGCUGGUCAUGGGUAUCCCGCUCCUUAUCGCCAUGUACGGCGAUUAUUCCGGCCAGCUCAUGGUCCAGGUGGUGGUGCUCCAGUGCAUCAUCUGGUACACCCUCCUCCUCUUCCUCUUCGAGUACCGUGGCGCCAAGCUCUUGAUCAUGGAACAGUUCCCCGAAACCGCUGCUUCCAUAGUUUCCUUCAAGGUCGACUCCGACGUCGUUUCGCUCGACGGGAGAGAUUUCCUCGAAACCGAUGCUGAAGUCGGCGACGAUGGGAAGCUCCACGUCACCGUUAGGAAGUCCAAUGCUUCUAGAAGAUCCUUCAUGAUGACACCUCGCCCGUCUAACCUCACCGGUGCCGAGAUUUACAGCCUCAGCUCCUCCCGUAACCCCACGCCACGUGGCUCCAACUUCAACCACGCGGAUUUCUACUCCAUGAUGGGGUACGCUCCUAGGCAUUCUAACUUCGGCGCUGCGGAUUUGUACUCCGUGCAGUCCACGUCACGCGGAGUCACGCCGAGGCCCUCCAAUUUCGAAGAGAACUCUGCACCCGCACCGCAGGCUAUCAGCUCCCCAAGGUUCGGCUUCUACCCCGCCGUGCAGACCGUGCCCUCUGCCUACCCUGCUCCCAACCCGGAAUUCUCUUCUGGGUUAACGAAGAGUGUGAGCAAGAAUUCGCAGACGCAGCCACAGCCUCAGUCUCAGCCGCAGGCUCCAGCUCAAGCUCCUCAAGUUGCUCAACCGCCCAACAGUAGUAGCAAAGCCAGCCACGACGCUAAGGAGCUCCACAUGUUCGUGUGGAGCUCCAGCGCCUCACCGGUUUCUGAAGCCGGUGGCCUCCAUGUAUUCAGUGGAGCCGAUUUCGGAGCUUCCGACCAAUCGGGCCGCUCCGAUCAAGGUGCCAAGGAGAUUAGGAUGUUAGUAGCGGACGAACACCCUCAAAAUGGAGAAGCUAACAAAGCUACGGCAGAAGGAGAAUUUAGGGGUGAAGAUUUGAAGUUUCCAGGGAAAGAAGGUGAACAGGCGGAGGAAGAAGCAGAGAAAGCGGGCGCCGCCGGGCCCAACAAGCUGGGUUCCAGUUCAACGGCGGAGCUACACCCGAAAUCGGGCGUAGGCGUGGCGGGGAAACACAUGCCUCCGGCGAGUGUGAUGACUCGUCUGAUACUGAUUAUGGUGUGGCGGAAGCUUAUCCGCAACCCCAACACUUACUCUAGCCUCAUUGGUGUGAUCUGGUCUCUGGUGGCGUUUAGGUGGCAUGUGCACAUGCCCAAAAUAAUAGAGAAAUCAAUCUCCAUACUGUCUGAUGCUGGUCUUGGAAUGGCUAUGUUCAGCUUGGGUCUCUUCAUGGCUCUUCAACCCAAUAUAAUUGCGUGUGGGAACUCAGUUGCAACAUUUGCCAUGGCUGUUCGAUUCCUCACAGGUCCCGCCGUCAUGGCUGCAGCUUCCAUCGCUGUUGGCCUACGUGGCACUCUCUUACGUAUAGCUAUUGUUCAGGCUGCACUUCCGCAAGGGAUUGUUCCAUUUGUGUUUGCCAAGGAAUACAACGUUCAUCCAGCCAUUCUCAGCACAGGGGUUAUAUUUGGGAUGCUGAUAGCUCUACCAAUUACUCUAGUCUACUACAUAUUACUUGGUUUGUAAAAUAUGUAUGCAGUAGUAGUCAGCACACCAGGACAGAAUGAAUGACCCUUUUGAACCUUUUUAUACUUUGGGAGUUAGCAUGCAUGCCUGGUGACCACAGUGGAUUACGCUGUUAUUAACGAAGAUGUGGAUCUUCUGAGCUGGGAGAACAAAAGCCACAAACUAAACUAGUAUUCUUAAAGCAGAGGAGAUCCUCGAGAGUUUCCAAAAUUUUUGGAAUUUCUGAAAAAAUUGACCAAUUGGCCCAAAUCCUCAUAAUUCUAAUCCCCUAUCAAAAGUCCAAAAUAGACGCAGUUUUCAAAAGCAGAGAGAGAGGAACAAGUACAGCUUAUGGGAGACAUAGCAGAGGAAAACAGGGGAAAGCUCGCAUGAGCAGAGUCAAUGAAAUCUAAAAAUGGUUCCCUCCGUAUCUGCAUUGUAAAUUUUAUUAGAGUCAUGUUUGUGUCAUCAAGUAACAAAGACAGCUGAGCAAUUGGGUAGGGGAAAUGAAAAUGGAAUAUAAGCUGAAGAUUGGUUUCUUUAGUUUUGUUUA